AUGGGAAAGAAAAAAUCAGUGAUAUCAACAACAUCAGCAACAACAACGAAUAAUAAAACGACAGAAAAAAAGUCUAAAAAGUCAUCAACAUCGGAGGCUUCUUCAUCAAAAGGUUCAUCUUCUUCUUCAACAACAACAGCAGCAACAAAUGAUCAAAAGAAGGUUAUUGUACCAUUAACAUGGGUACCACUCUCUGUUGGACAAGUUAUCAUACCAUCACAAACAAAAGAUGAACCAAACAAUGGAGCUGAUAUAACUAUUGAAGUUAAAAGUAGGCUAGUCAAAAAUUUAGAUAAUUAUCCAAGUGAUUGUUUAUUUCGUACUCAUCAAUACGAUUUUACAUUAACACCAACAAAAGAAUUACUUGAAUGGGCUAAAAUUGAUUAUGGAUUUUAUAGUAAAAUUAAAUUAUUUAUGCUAAUAUCGAGUGAACAGGACUUGACAGAGAAUUAUGAUAAUGGAGAAUGGACUGAAUGUUUUUCAUCUGAAAGUAGACCUGUUAUUACUGAUUCUCAUACAGAGGAUUAUGAAAAUGGAGUUUGGAAAAUUACAUUAUAUUGGCAAAAUGCAAAGGUUUUUAAAUUUAAACCAAGUGCCAAAUUUAGAUUUGAAAUUGAUGUAUAUAGAGCUUGUACAGAUAGAGAUGUAAUGAAAAAAGUUGCAACAAAGAUUUCAUCUCCAUUCAGAUUACUUUCAAAACCUGAAGUUUAUCUUAAAAGUUUAGCAAAGACUAAGAAUAAGAGAAAGGGAUCUUCAAUAACCAAUGAUGAAGAAGAAGAAGAUGAAGAAGAUGAUACUGAUUCACAUAGUGUAGCUACAUCUUCCUCAUCUAAUUCAAAGAAAAAGGUUAAAAUUUCACCAAAUGCUGUCAAGAAUAAUUUAUCAAUUCCUACUUUGAAGAAUACAAUGAAAAAUUCAAGUAGUGCAACUGCUGCUGUAUCAAAACCAAGUGGUAGUUCCACUAUUACUACUACUACCACUGUUAUUAAUUUAUUGGAUGAAUCUAGAGAUGAAAUAGUUUUGGAUGAAGGAGGAGCAUCAAGUCCAAUUCUUGUGAAAUCUUCCAAUUUUCCAUCAUCUGAUGAUUUUAAUACAAAUGAUAUUGAAUCGAAUACUGUACAAAGUCCAAUCAUAACCACCAAUAAGAAUUAUGAAUAUAUUCAAUCUUCACCUCCUCCAUUCCUGACACCACCACUUUCUCCUUUACCUCAAUCUAGAAUAUUAUCUUCACAAGAAAAUGGACUAUUUCCCUUAAUAGAUGGACCAAUUACAAGUCAAGAAACGAGUAGUAGUAAUCCAUUUAACACUUCUGAUAUUUUCUUUAAUUCAACAAAUAGAGAUGAGGGACCUUCAUCAAGUUUAGGUUCAUUAUUUUCAUCAUCUCAAUAA